CGAGAGAGAUUCAUAAAGAGGAAAGGGCGGCCGAAUCCCAGCUAGUGGCCGCUACAUCCUUUUGCGCCCUCCCGGCGCCGCCAUCGCCGCCGCCUCCGCUCCUGCUCCUCCGCCGGUUUUUCCGAUAGCCAAAAAAUCGACAGAGAAUUGAGAGAGGGAGUAUCUGGAGAAGAAAUUGUCUGAUACAGACCGUAAACAAAAACGAAGGAGGAGGAGAAUCUGUGUUCCGCCGCCGUACCGGAGCCGCCGCUGCUCGGUGUCCUCACUCAUUUCUAAGAGAGUAAACCGGUCUGCCAUCGGGAAGGGAGAAGUCGCCAGAAGGAGAGCUGCCUCUACGUCCGCUGCCGUCCUUUACUAACAAGAGUAGUAUUGCCGGUUUCUCCGUCAGUUCGUGGUUCAUUUCUUCCGUCGUCGCCGGUAUCCUAACUCUCCGAAUCUCGGUAUCGGCUUCUACUUAACGCUAUCUAUUCUCCGAUCGAUUUCUGAGCUUCCGUUUAUUUCUCUGCGUGAGUGAGUGGACUACUGAAGAGAGUGAAAAUGGAUAGACGAAAAAUUUGAAACAAACAUUUUUGCAGAAUACAGCAGCGAUGGAUUCAUCACCGCGUCAGCAAAACAGCAAACAAGAGGAUGAAAGACCUGUGGCAGGUGGAGUCGGAUCUGAUGCCAUCUCAGGUUUAAGCAACAAUGGCAGGAAAAUCACUCGUCACGAUGUCAAGAUGGUCCAGAAUUUGAUAGAGAGGUGUCUGCAACUGUAUAUGAAUAAGAACGAUGUGGUGAAUACACUCUUGGAGCAGGCUAGAAUCGAGCCUGGGUUUACAAGCCUAGUAUGGCAGAAACUGGAAAAAGAAAAUGUGGAAUUUUUCAAGGCCUACAACUUGAGGCUAACCCUGAAAGAACAAAUCGAUCGGUUCAACCAGUUACUCGUGCAUCAAUGCCAGCUAAUGCACUACCCUGCUUCCCAGGAUUUUCCAUCUCAUCAGAAUGGGGAUGCCCAAGUGCCUGUUACUGGUUUACCUGCAGAACCUAGCUUCUUGCAGCAGCAGUCUGGGGUUCCAUCAACGUGUCAUUCCCAGAUGCGUCAAGUGAGCAGUGUGUCUGACUGCCAAGUGGUGAACGGUUUCCCUGCUUCAGGAAGUUUCCACCAAUUGCACCUGAAUGCUGAUAGAGAGGCGAUAGUGGACGGACAUUCAACGGUAACAACACUCCCCAUCAAUCGUUCGUUUGAGUCUGAGGUGGGGGGAGGUCCUGCAUCCAAUGGCCGAUUCUCUCUUGGUGCAGUUGAGAUGGCUGGAUUCUCAAAUCUGGAUUAUCUGCCACCAAACUCGUCGUACGCAGCACAUAUGGACAUGAUGCCUCCUCAUUUGCAAGAUGGUGCUGACGGCGGGUGUGAUUAUCGUGGGAUGCCUGUCCAUUCGUUCCCACAUAUUCCCUGGAACUUGAGCUUCCCGGAUCUGGGUGCGGACUUGGCAAGUAUUGGAGAUCACGGUCAAAUGGAGAACUACUCGGGCUCAGAUAUACUCCUGGAUUCAGCAGAGGAAGAAAAUGACAUGGUUAAAGAGUUCUUCGUUGAUUCGGUUCCUCCGUCGAGCCCUCAAGUCGAAGAGAAACCUGACGUCGGGGAACUAUAGAAUGCAGCAGUGUUAACAGUAGGCAGCAGCAGGCGGUUGCGUUACUCUACUCGUACAAUUUUUUUAAUGGUUACCUCAUCAGAACAGCUAUGUAGACUGUAGUCCUUAGAAAUGCGAUACAGAAGGCCAUAAUGGCUGCUGCGUCGUGUCGUUCUCUUGUUUACAACUUUCCCACCGGAAGCCAAGGUGGGUUUCCGAAGCCCAUUUAGUGGGCUUCCCAUAAACUGCAGGGCCUUCCCCUUUAAGUUAUCGAGUUUCUGGAGGCCCAAUUAAUUAUAAUGCAUUCA